GGCGGGAUGGCAGAAUAAAAACAAAAUAAAAGUUAUCUGAAGAUGGAGGAAAAUAAAAGUACAGACCGGCAGAUUUUGUUAGUGUUUAUACUCCACUCCGUGUCCGAUCUGUGGUAUUCCUGAUUUGAUAUCAUUCGCUGUUUGAUAAGCGAAGAGCAAAGUACGAUUCUCCACUAGUCUAGUUGUUCUCAAAAAUGGUACUGGCAAGGAAAUGGAUGUACGUGAAGCGCCCGGACGGUGAACCAAAACCGACGGAUUUCUCCAUCGAACAAGAAGAGCUACCUGCACUAGAGGAUGGAGAUUUUCUCGUCGAAACCGUGUACUUCAGUCUCGAUGCAGGGCUUCGUGGAUACAUGGCGAUGGGAAUCCUUGCGGUCGGUAGUCCAGUGAUCGGUAUGGCCGUCGCAAAGGUGAUCGAAUCGAAGAACGAAAGCUUUCCGGUCGGUGCCCACGUAUGCGCACGCCUAGGCUGGGUUACGCAUGCCAUCCUCAAUCCAGCUAAGCGCAAAGAUCAACGGCCCUACAUCGUACCGGAAGUGAAAGGCUAUUCCUGCGCGAUUGGGCUCGGUGCGCUCGGUUUAUCCGGAAAUACAGCGUAUUUCGGUUUUCUGGAAAUUUGUAAACCGAAACCGGGUGAAACGGUGGUAGUGAGUGCUGCGGCCGGAGCAGUCGGUCAUUUGGUAGGACAAAUCGCCAAGGCAAAGGGCUGCUAUGUGGUCGGUAUUGCGGGAUCGGAGGAAAAAAUCCGUACACUCGAAAAGCUCGGCUUUGAUGCCACCAUCAACUAUCGGGCCGGAUCGCUCCGGGAACAGUUGCUAAAGGCAACGCCCAAAGGAGUCGAUUGCUACUUUGACAACGUAGGCGGCGAGCUGACGGAGCUGGUGCGCGAACGGAUGAACCUUUACGGGCGGAUUUCCGUGUGCGGGACUGUGUCUAGCUACAAUGGCAAUCCGAUCCCGGUGACGGAUCCGCAACGAGACUAUGUCUCGAAACAGCUGCGGCAGGAAGGGUUCGUUGUGUUUCGAUGGCUGGACAGGUGGAUGGAGGGUAUUGGCCAGAUGCACGAGUGGAUUAAGCAGGAGAAGCUGGUGCCACUGGAGACUGUGUACGAGGGCUUCGAGCAGGCACCGGAUGCUUUCAUCAAAAUGCUGCGCGGUGAUAACACUGGAAAGGCAGUUCUUAAGGUAUAAGGCUCAAAUCAGCAGCAGCAUACAACGAAGUCGGCAGGCAUUUAUAUUGGAGCUAUUGGGGGGUGUAAAAUGCCGUACGCAUUCGAAAAACAUUUUUAUUGAAGUUUUUGUAUGAAGAACACCGCAAAGAUACUGCUGGUGUUUAAUAUACGUUUCUUAACUGUUCGUAA